AUGUCAGAUCUCGGCUCCUCAGCAGCAGCGACGCCUCUCCCCGAACCCCCUCCAAAACGUCGCAAAGUCGUCGCACACAGCACAUCCGCGACACCGCGAUCAAGCUCACCAGAUGAGCUCAACGACACCACCGUCACCACCAUUGCGGCCGCAGCCGCAAAGACGUCUUCGACGACGAGAACGAAGAAGCGCUCGAGCACAUCCCGCCGCCUUUCGACCAACCGCGGCCGUCCUAGCAUGACGCCUAGCAGGUCUCCUAGUGAGGACGAGCUCAACGAAGCGGCAUACUACUCCCGCUCCUCACACUCUCAAUCCCGGUCGCGUUCGCAUUCGAGGUCGCGGUCGCGAUCGCGCACACCCAGGUCGGCCACCGCCUCGCCUUCACGCUCGCGCAGCGACGACGACGACGACGACGAUGACGACUCCCGCGCGGGAUCACGGUCGCCUGCGUCUACAUCGGCCGGGAGCUCGCCACGCAGUCUCUCGGGCGCCGUUGAUCGCAGGCUACGGCUCUCCUCGACCAACGGCGGCGCCGAUACCGGCGCGACCGUAACGACGCCCGUGACACCCGGUCCCGUGAAGAAGGGCCCCGUGAGGCCGCGGUACGAGGAGGAGAGGGUGCUGAGCGGACACGUGGGCAGCCCCGUCUCGCAGGUACGGAUAUCGCCCGACGGGCGGUGGAUCGCGAGCGCCUCGGCCGACGGGACUGUCAAGACGUGGGACGCGGCCACGGGCGAGCACAUGGAUACGCUGGUGGGCCACAUGGCGGGCGUGAGCUGCGUGGCGUGGAGCCCCAACAGCGAGAGUCUGGCGACUGGGUCCGACGACAAGUCCAUCCGCCUCUGGGACCGGGUGACGGGUCGGCCAAAGGUCACCGCCAAGGGCGUGGGCCACAUGGCCAAGGACGACGCGGCGCCCUCGGCUCGUCCCAUGCCGCCGCUACGGGGACAUCACAACUACGUCAUGUGCCUAGCCUUCUCGCCAAGGGGGAACAUCCUCGCCUCGGGAUCGUACGACGAGGCCGUCUUUCUCUGGGAUGUGCGGGCGGGUCGUUUGAUGCGUAGUUUACCUGCACAUAGCGACCCAGUCAGCGGCAUCGACUUUUGCUGCGACGGCACGUUGGUCGUGAGCUGCUCCACCGACGGUCUCAUCCGCAUAUGGGAUACCUACACAGGCCAGUGCCUCCGCACUCUAGUCCACGAAGACAACCCGGCCGUGACAUCCGUCUGCUUUGCGCCCAACGGCCGCUUCGUCCUCGCCUUCAACCUCGACAAUAGCAUCCGCCUCUGGGACUACGUCGCCGGCUCCGUCAAGAAGACGUACCAGGGCCAUGCGAACAAUCGCUUCGCCAUUGGCGGCUGCUUCGGUCUCGUCCCCGGCGAGGGCGCCUUCAUCGCGUCGGCCAGCGAAGACGGCGAGAUUGUGCUGUGGGACGUCGUCACCAAGGAGGUUGUCCAGCGCAUCCCCGCGCACAAGAAGGAUCACCGGGGAGGAGGCAAGGGAGCGAGCGUAUGUUUUUGGGUCGACGUCCAUGGGGACGUCAUGGUUUCGGCGGGGCAGGACGGACGGAUACGGAUCUUCAAGAGGGCGUUGGGCGAUGGGGAGGUUGGCACCGAGGCUGCUGCCACAACCACCGAAACGAAUGCGGCGGAUGCACUGAUGAAUGGUUACGCGACUAGCAAGGCCGGGGUGGAAGACAACGCGAAUGUUAACGGCACAGAACCGCCGAUAAAGCAGGAAGAAGACGUUGACAUGGCUGGCGUAUGA